GAGGAGGAGAAGGAGGAGGAGGGGCGGCGGACAGGAACGCCUCCUAAGGGAGCAGGAGCCCCGGGAGGGGGUGGGGGGUGGUGGUGCCCGGGGCCCGGGAGGGAGCGCCUUGCCAGGGUGCCAGGGUGCCAGGGUUGUCCCCGGUGCCUGUCGGGGUCAGGCCGAGUCCGGGAGCCAUGGGGAACAUCUCCUCCAACAUCUCCGCCUUCCAGUCCUUGCACAUCGUCAUGCUGGGCCUGGACUCCGCCGGGAAGACCACCGUGCUCUACCGGCUCAAGUUCAACGAGUUCGUCAACACGGUGCCCACCAUCGGCUUCAACACGGAGAAGAUCAAGCUGAGCAACGGCACGGCCAAGGGCAUCAGCUGCCACUUCUGGGACGUGGGCGGCCAGGAGAAGCUGCGGCCGCUCUGGAAGUCCUACAGCCGCUGCACCGACGGCAUCAUCUACGUGGUGGACUCGGUCGACGUCGACCGGCUGGAGGAGGCCAAGACGGAGCUGCACAAGGUGACCAAGUUCGCCGAGAACCAGGGCACCCCGCUGCUGGUCAUCGCCAACAAGCAGGACCUGCCCAAGUCCCUGCCGGUGGCCGAGAUCGAGAAGCAGCUGGCCCUGCACGAGCUCAUCCCGGCCACCACCUACCACGUCCAGCCGGCCUGCGCCAUCAUCGGCGAGGGCCUGACCGAGGGCAUGGACAAACUCUACGAGAUGAUCCUCAAGCGCAGGAAAUCCCUCAAGCAGAAAAAGAAACGGUAAAGGGGGUGCCCGGCGGCCAGGACGGCCCCCCGGGCAGAACCCGUGGACUCAGACAGACAACCAAAGCCAUCCGGCGGAGUUUUCCCAGCAGAAAGGACCGGUGAACUUUGACCCGCGGCCCCUUUCCUAUCCCCCUCCCACCCACCCCACCGUCCCCGCCUUCGGCUCCCUUUUUGCUGGUCCACCCCCAAGGGGACGAUGGAUACGGACCGUCCGUCCCCUGGUCUCCUCUGGUCGGGGAGGGGGAGGGGGCUUUUGUUUGAGCUCCUCCAGUUCGAGGUGAGUGACCGGAAGGGGGUCGGGGGAGGGGAGGAUGGAUGCCCGGGGAUGUCACUCUGCCUGACCUUCGGGGUGGACCGACCGGCCAUCUGUAAUAGUCCUCUCCCCGGCUGAACGCUUACUGAUCAAAGAUUGUGGAGGAAAGCAACCGUUUCUUGGCUCUCUAGCAGGACUAGAAGGCCCGGAGACCCUCAUCCUCCCCCCCCCCCCCCCCCCCCCCCCCAGGAGGGUCCUGGGUCCACAUCCCUAGGAUCCUGGACUCACAUCCCUAGGACCCUGGACUCACAUCACUAGGACCCUGGACUCACAUCACUAGGACCCUGGACUCACAUCCCCGGGACCCUGGACUCACAUCCCCAGGUUCCUGGACUCACUUCCCUAGGAUCCUGGACCCACAUCCCUAGGAUCCUGGACUCACAUCCCUAGGACGUUUAAGGUGAGAGGGAUCUGAUGGCGGGGAGGGGAGGCCUUCAGCCGCCUCUCAAACCUCGGGACCGAGAGGACAGAAAUGUUGGAUGGGACAGGGCAGGCCCCUGUUUGAACCGCCCCGGAAUGUGCGCUCUGACCCCGAUGGAGGCGAGGGGUUGCUGGUGGGAGACGACUGAGUCGCCGCCUUUUGGGAGCACUGGAUUGGCCGGCUACUGGCGAGGCUGGCAAACUGCUGUAGCAAAAGCCCAUGUCUUAUUGCUUAAGGGUGGACACGGGAGGCUGCUUUGGGUGAGAACUUCUUUUCAGCCUUGGUUUAGGCAUCUUCCAGAUGGUUUGGAUUCAGUCCACGUAGAGGCCGUUAUCACACCGACAAAAAAAAAAGACCAAUAAAAAAUUAAAAUUAUAAAAAAAAACACAGUUGGGGCGGUGGCAAAUGAUACAUUUACUGCUUGCAGAAAGCUUAAGGGUGUUAAAGGGCAAGGCUCUGCCUUUAAUCGGGGAGGGAGGAGGAGGAAGGAAGAACCGUGAAAACCCCUCUGCACAAUAUAAUCAGCAUAAAUGCAUAGAUCCAUAUGGAAUUUAAAGUUAUCUUAGCCAAUUGGUUAGUUUGUAAGCAAGCACCAGCUGCUGGUGUGUGCUGAAUUUUAAAAUGUUUAUCUGCAAAGGGUUUUUUUUUUGUCAUAUGAACUGUGUGAUGAAGGGUUUUCAAACGUCUUUGUUUUCAAGUAUUUUCCUUAAUUGAAGAACAUUCGAUUUAGAAAUCUUUUAUUAUGUCCCUUGAUAUCACUUUACCCCGCAAAUGGGAACAUUCUAAUUCGGCUGAUCCAAUUAAGUAUUCCAUACAAAUGUACUAUUUAUUACUUGAUGUUGUCCACCAAAAAACCCACCUUGCUGCCUGGAUUAAAAAAAAAAGCAAGGGAAGAAGCACAAAGAGUUAAAUUCGUGUGAAUUAAACUCCUUUAUGUACGGGGACUGUGAAUUCAGCCAGUACCUUAGCCAAAUGCAAACAACAAUGAGAUUCCAUUAGUGCUGGAGAUAAGGGAGCCCUGCAGUGGAAGGAUGACAUCAUCUCUGCUCUUGCAUUUAGCAGUUUACCUGAAAGCAGCGGCGUUGGGCGAGAGAUCAACUGAAUUUAAAAAAAAAGUAUUUUUAAUAAUGCGUUUUUUAAAGAAAUCGUUUAUAGUCAGGCCGGCCAUCCUGGUAGCAGAUAAUGUUGACCCCCGUUAACCUUCAGUAUUUAUCCAAAGGAGAAAACUCAGACUUUUUUUUGGUUUGUUUUGUUUUAUUGUCCUUUAAUCCUUUUACAGAUUUCAUCAGGGAGAACUGGGAAAUGGGCACUGUCAAAUUUGCGCAUGUGAGUUACCCAAAUUGUAAACCUGUGUCUUGAGCCCCAUUGUUCUUAAUUUCACUUUAAGAACUCCGAGAGACAUUCCCUGCUCCCCAUUUCAAGUUCAGUUUGGGAAAGAAACCUAACUGAUCCUCCUUUAUCUCCUUGUAGUAGGAAACUCGGUACCUUCCCAAUCCUGUUCUUUGGGGAAGAAAUCUGCUGGAGACAGUAUCAAAGUCAAGCAGUAUUUAUAGGCCUCCAAAAUUCCGGUUUACACAGAAACAAUUUAGUUCACAAAUUUCUGAAUGGGCUGGACCCAUUAUGGAAACUGUACAGUUUUUUUUAAUUUUUACCUUUUAUUUUCUUCACAUGCAACACUUUCUUAAGCACUUUGACAUUUGGUAGCUCCACACUAUUGAGAGAAAUAAUAUAUUGAUUUUGUGAUUUGCAGAAACCAAAUAUAAGCUUUUGAGGUAAAGCGUGUUGAGGCGUUCAAAGUAACAUUAAGAAAUUCUGCCUUAGCCCCCAAGCCAACAAAUCACUUGGAUUUUUAAUAUAUUAUACUACCGAGGUUUAAUGGGUAAUCAUGCCAUCAGCUAGUUCUUGGGCAGUACAUCAAAGCACUUUCAUUUCCCCACCAUUACACCUGCAGUUUUCUGUAAUGUUUUGGGCCACACUGGUGAUUGGCUCUGAGCUCGGUUUUGGCAAACUAUAGGUGGGCAGUGACCUACAAAAUAAGAGUUUACCAAAAUUAUGUCGUCAAACAUGAAUAAAGUAGAGAUUUGUGCUUUUGCCCUUUAUAAGAACUAACAUGGGUUUUUUUACAAGAAUCACUAGCCUGGAGUGUCUGCUCUGUGCAGAGCAUUGUACUCGGCGCUCGGGAGAGCAGAGUUAGUAGGCCCGAUCCGUAUCCUUAAUCUUACAAUCUAGGAGGGGAGACAGAUGCUGCAAAAUUUUCAGAAUGGUUUGGGUUUCCUCAAAAGAAAUUUUGAAACACUCUCCAGGAGAUACCAGGGACAUCGAUUUUGAUUCAGUCCUGCUCAUGAUAGAAUGGUCUAGUUCAGUGUUGGAAUCUAAGAAAAUGCCUUGUUGCCUAGGUUUAUUUUCCAUUAAUUCUGUCAUAAAUUUGUUAUUUUCUUGUCUUUCCUCUUUUUUUUUACAAUGAAAACGUGAUGCUGUGAACGGAAAUAAAUUAUUUAUACAAUCA